AUGCCCCCGUUUGAUGCCGCCAGCUUGCUUGUCGACACUUAUUUUGACCGAGUGCACUGGUUCAUGCUAAUUUUCCAACAAGACGAAUUCCGUCGGCGAUGGCCGAAGCUCUAUCAACGCCAACCUGGCCGAGCAGCAGAUCAUUCCUCGAACGCUGCAUUCUUGAGCACAUUUCUAGUGGUGAUUGCCAUCGGACUUCAUUACGUCGGCCCCUACCGGCAAGCACUGUUGGUCAAACACGGCGUGGACUCAAGCCUGAAAGAUCGUAUCUUGUCAACGGUAAAAGCCAAGCUCUUGGAUGUCAUGUCGCUCGGCUCACUCGAAGCAGCGCAGACCUGCGUGCUGCUCGGAACCUAUUACUUGUAUCAUGGCUCCCCUCGCCUGGCAUGGCCUGUAUGCGGCUGUGGACUUCGAAUCGCCCAGGCGUUGCACUUGCAUCACCGGCUGAGGCUUCCGGGAUCACCUCAUUUCCGCCAGCAGUAUGAAACACGGAAGCGGUGUUGGUGGGCGAUCUACGAAAUUGAGACCUUUUCAGCCGUAGUGUACGGCUAUCCUCACAGUAUUCGGGAUGCCGAUUGUGAUGUAGAGCCCUUGGAUCCAUCAGCGAAGUUACAUGUCGUUCAAUCUCCGAGCACAUUUGACGAACCUCUAGCGUGUCAGACAACGUUAUUGUCCUACAAAUACUUCAUGUCUAAAUUGUCCGUGAUAACGAAAGCAGCCUUAAACGAGCUUUAUCGCACUAAGUCUUCGCCAUCAGAAGACGAGACAUUCUCGCGAUCGCGAUUGGACUUGCAAGACACUCUACGAGCAGUGGCCAAAUACAAUGGUCGCUUACAACAAUGGCGAACUGAAGUCCCUCUUGAUCUGCAAUGGGACCAUGUUGCUGGCCAAGCCAAUUACUCGAGUCCGGAAGAAAUUGAUUGUGACAUUGGCGCUUCGGGGCCUCGCUUUCAGAACCAUAUCUAUCAACUCCAGGCCCUGGCUUUGAUGCUCGCAUUUGAAAAUGCCAUGAUUCUUACACACCGCCCACUUCUCUCCUACAGAAUGCGAAAUACGAACGAGGCCGGGGUUCUCCCAGACAACUCCGGACGAGCAGACUCGUCUACGCCCAACUCUUUCGCCUCGUCACUAGAGGCAUGCCGCGCUGCCGCUCUUAGAAUGUCUUCUAUCCAGUCGAGUCCAGUGGUCAAACUUGUCGCCGAAACCUACGCGGUGACAUUCGUCAGUAUACACACUUUCACUGCCGGGAUCACCCUGGGUAUUCUGUGUAGCAUGGAUCCGUUGAAUCCGCAGUCCAGCAUCUCCAAAGUAGGACUCCAGAGGGCGAUGGAGACUCUGGAGGAUUUGAGGUCACGAUCGGUGGUGGCAGAGCAAGGAGUAGACAUUCUUCAACGACUGACCCAGCUAGUAAUUCAGAAAGAGUUAGAUGUCAUGCUAGGUAAGGGUAAGCGUGCGGAGACCUCGCUGUCAAGCGCCACGACGGAAUCGUUCAGUUAUGCUUCAGGGAAUGAACCACAAGCUCUCUCUAAGAGCGGCACAUCUCCGGGUACUGUAUCAGGCGACAUUAUACAACCUGAUCAUCCUACUGUCGACAUUGCAUCGAAUUUCGCCACCUUCCAUUUUACUCCCGAUCCUGCGCUAACAGACGCACUACAUGAUUUUGAUCAAGCAUUGCUAUCUUAUGCACCCCAACCUGAGGGAGGGGCCGAAGAAACCGCAGAGAACCCGUUUCUGUGGCCGCCAACUUUAGACGGUUUCCCUAUCUUGGAGCAGACAUGGAUGUGGGAUCUUGAGAAUGAUGCAUUCGCUGGCGAAGAAGUUAAACACCCAUAG